GAGCUAAGAUCAGCUAAGUACAGUACAUGCUCAAAAUGCCAGCGGAAGGGAAUAUAAGAAACGCUUAAUCGUAUCCUUGAAAACAUGGAAAGUUGGUCAGUAGACAUUGGUCUUCUGCCUUUUUACAUCCUGAUUGUGAUAGCUGGAAUUUUGGGAAAUAUUUUGUUUAUUACUGUGGUCAGAAGGCACAGAUCUAUGCAUACAACCACCAACUUUCUCCUGGCUAAUGUGGCAGUUUCUGAAAUCAUUUCCUUGGUGCUUUGUGUACCGGGGAUUAUUCUACGAUUUGUGGAGCACCCCAGCGGUAAUGUGGGUAGUUUUCUAUGCAAGUUUGUGACGAUGCAUCUCAUUGCAGGAAUCACAUUACUCGUUUCAGGACUUACACUCACUCUUAUUUCAACUGAAAGAUACAAUGCUUUGCUGCGACCCAUGGCUUUGCACCUAAAACUCCACAAACAACGCGUCAUAAUUGCGAUUGCCCUUAUUUGGGGAUUUUCCAUCGCUUUUGUUUUGCCUCUGUUUAUAAAGCAGAGAUACGAUGUCAAAGUGAAGCAGUGCUUUAUGGAGUGGAAAGAGAGUAAUUCCCGAAUUUAUUGGACACUGUUGGCGACACUGGUGGGCGCUGCAGUCAUCACUAUGACUUUCUGUUAUUUUCAAAUCAUAAAAGCUCUUUACUUCAACAACAUACUUCCUCCUAAUGAAAACCACGUCGAACAAGACUACAAAGACAAACAUAAAAUUAUAACAAUUUUGAUAACAGUCACUUUUUUGUUUGUCGUAUGCUUUAUUCCGUUUAUACUCGUCUCGGCGGUCAAUCUCUCCACCAGAAGCCUGCUGUACAAAUUGUCCUAUUUUCUUGUUUACACCAGCUGCUGUGUGAAUCCAGUGGUCUACAUAUUCCAAAGUGCAAAGUACAGAGCAGGAUUAAGAGAACUAUUUAAGGGAAGCCGAGCCGCCCGCCGAAGAGAAAGGUCUGUUGAGUUGUAACUCCUGGAACUAUUUACGACGUUGGUCGCUUUGAUCGCGUUUAGCGAUACGGUAUCAAACGAGAUAAAAAUUACUUUAGGCUACCUAAUGUCGUUUAUUCAUAACGAGAUUCUUCACAACAAACAUUCGUGACUAUGCCAACGGAUAGCUGAGGACAUCUUAAUGUCCGGUCUUAUAAUAAGAGUAUUCGGUGGUUUAAAGAAAAAUAAUCUCGUUAACUAUCGUUGAAUUUUGGUUAUGUGGUUGCAUCGUCAUUAAAAUCGUAUAUUAAAGCAGAAAGGACACUAUUUUGAAUACUUAUUUCUUGAAUAUCAAGUAAGGAAACCGUCGGGUACUUGACCAAAUUGGUUUGAACUCGAAUGGCUGAGUUCAUUACCAGCCAUAUUUAAGGAUAAAAAUGCACGAAUCUCGUUCAUCAGAUUGAAAGAUAAAAUAUACACAGCUAGUUAAAACAACUUCUCAUUAAAAUCUGCAAGCUUUUCCUGAUCAUGAUAGAUCAGACUUGAAGCGUAACAUUCUGGAGCCAAAGAAUCGGCUCCGCAGUUUCCUGAUCAGUUUUCGACCUUUUUUUAUUUAUCCUCCGAAAAACGGAUGAAACUUGGCGAAACAAAUCCAGCUAAGAUAAAACUGGUGACCGUAAUCAUGUUUUAA